ACAAUUCUUACCAUUUACGCACCGUUUUGGCACAAUUUGUUACUGAAAUGAGCGGUAGCGAGACAGAGUAAAGGAAGAGACAUGAACAAUCUAGAACGACAAGAAGAAGGCUGUGCGAGAGACCAUAACGCUAACAUCAACGACGAAGGCAUGGCCGCGUCCUCAGCCGCCACUGACGGCGUCGCAGCGGUGGCGCUUCGUUCCGUCAUCCAAAGAGUUCACCAAGCAGCCGAACGGUCGGGUCGCGGACCGGACCGGAUCCGAAUCGUCGCGGUGAGCAAAACCAAGCCAGUGCCUCUCCUUCGUGAAGUUUAUGACGCUGGCCAUCGUUGCUUCGGUGAAAAUUAUGUUCAAGAACUCGUCGAGAAAGCUCCUCAGCUUCCGGAGGACAUAGAGUGGCAUUUUAUUGGGAAUUUACAGAGCAACAAAGUGAAAGCUUUACUGACUGGUGUGCCAAACCUUGCAAUGGUAGAAACUGUGGAUGACAAGAAGAUUGCUGAUCGUCUUGAUCGUGUGGUUGCAGGCAUGGAAAGGAAGCCAUUAAAAGUCUUUAUCCAAGUGAAUACCAGUGGAGAGGAAUCAAAAUCUGGUGUUGAGCCCUCAGGGUGUGUGGAACUUGCGCAACAUGUUAGUCAAAGCUGCCCAAACCUUGAGUUUUCUGGUCUUAUGACAAUUGGGAUGCUGGAUUAUACAUCAACCCCAGAGAACUUCAAGACAUUAGCACAUUGUAGAAGUGAGGUUUGCCAGGCAAUUGGAAUGCCAGAAGAACAAUGUGAAUUAUCAAUGGGCAUGUCUGGUGACUUUGAGCUGGCGAUUGAAAUGGGUAGUACCAAUGUCAGAAUCGGAUCUACGAUAUUUGGGGCAAGGGAAUAUCCAAAUAAGAACUAAAACUGUGCUGAAUUUUAUCUUUGCCCACGACAUUAUUGGCGUUUUUAUGUAUUCCUAUUUAUGUCUUAGUAAUUAAUUAAAUUAAUCAUACCAUGUUAUUGUUGUCA